AUGCCAUUGGCAUUCUUGGCUGCCUGGGCACAUCAGGUGGAUCACUUGGUUAUAGAAGGAGAUGAGAGUACAGAUGGAUCCCUCUCUGGUGUUGUGCAGAAGUGGAAGGAGUACCAGCUCCAAUGCCUGAAAUACUUGUAUGAGGCACCUCCUAUUGCAGCAGAAGGCAAGUUCUGCAACAGAACAUUUGACAACUAUGCCUGCUGGCCUGAUGGACUGCCUGGUACCUAUGUGAAUGUCAGCUGCCCUUGGUAUUUACCUUGGGCUAACACAGUGCUGCAUGGGCAGGUGUACCGGUUCUGCACCUCCGAGGGUACCUGGCUGCUGAAGGAGAACUCAACUCUGCCCUGGAGGAACCUGACUGAGUGUGAGGCCUCUGACCAGGAUGCACCAGAAGAACAGCUCCUGAAUUUGUCCAUCAUAUACACCAUUGGAUAUGCUCUUUCCUUCUCUGCCCUUAUAAUUGCAACUGCCAUUCUUCUUGGAUUCAGACAUCUUCAUUGCACAAGAAAUUAUAUUCAUCUGAACCUCUUCACCUCUUUUAUCCUCCGUGCUAUAUCCGUCUUCAUUAAAGACUCAGUGGUGAAAUGGAUGUACAGCACAGCCACACAAGAGCACCAGUGGGAAGGACUUAUCUCCUUCCAGGAAUCCCUUAGCUGCCGUUUGGUGUUUGUGAUGAUGCAGUACUGUGUGGCUGCAAACUACUACUGGUUGCUGGUGGAAGGCAUGUACCUGUACACGCUGCUGGUACUGUCUGUCUUUUCCGAGCAGAGAAUUUUUCGGCUGUAUCUCUGCAUUGGCUGGGGUAUACCAAUGCUGUUUGUUAUCCUCUGGGGAACUGUCAAGUACCUUUAUGAAGAUGAGGGCUGCUGGAGCAGGAACUAUAACAUGAAUUAUUGGCUGAUCAUCAGACUGCCCAUUCUAAUCGCCAUUGGGGUAAAUUUCUUGAUCUUUAUCAGAGUUAUAUGCAUCAUCAUCUCCAAGCUACAAGCCAAUUUGAUGUGCAAAACUGACAUAAAAUGCAGGCUGGCCAAGUCUACCUUGACGUUGAUCCCACUGCUGGGAACCCAUGAGGUCAUCUUUGCCUUUAUUACUGAUGAACAUGCCAGAGGGAUGCUGCGCUUUGUGAAGCUUUUUACUGAGCUCUCCUUUGCUUCUUUCCAGGGGCUGAUGGUUGCAAUUCUCUACUGUUUCAUCAAUAAUGAGGUUCAGAUGGAGUUUCGGAAAAGUUGGGAGCGCUGGAGAUUGGAACAUUUGUAUGUCCAGAGAGACAGCAGCAUGAAACCUCUGAAGUGUCCAGCCAACAGCAUCAGUAGUGGAGGCACGGUAGGCAGUAGUGUUUACGCUGCCACUUGCCAGGCUACAUUCAGCUAAGAUUUCUGCAGGUGAACCAGAUUGAGAACAAUGAACUGUAUAAUGUACCUGAAAACCCUUAAAUACCCAAGCA